GGCGUUGUCGUCAACACAAGAAGCCACCUGGUGUGCCAGUGCAGUGCAGUGGAACAACUCAUCGUCUCAUCGGACACCAAGCCGACUUCUCUGGGCUGCUGAAGGUCAAGUUCAAAUCACCGAGCCCGCCCGUACCGAGGACACCGCUCGAGGACUCCAAUCCAGUCCAGUCGCCGUGGCUUUUGGCACGAACCUUCAUCGGAGGGAAGAUCGGAAUGAGAACAGUGGCCAAAGUGGCGGUACCUGAGGCAACGAUGCAUCGAUGGCUGCCGUCGAGGGUGGUGGUCUACAUUCUGGUCACUGUCGGGGUCGCCAUGAUCAGCUUCGCCGGUGCCGGUUUGCCGCCCGUUCUGCGAGCAUGUCCCCGGAAUUCCACCGAUCUGGACCAGUGCAUCAUCGAGGUGGUGAAUGAACUGCGACCCCGGCUGGCCACUGGAGAUUUCGGUGAGAACUUCACCAUCACCUCGCUGGAACCGAUCGUGAUCGAUAAGCUGGCGAUCAAGCGGGGUGAAAGCUUUACGGCCAAUUUCUCCAACUUCCGGAUCAGCGGCGCUACGCAUGAGAAGACGGGCUUUAUCGUGAAGAAACUUAAAACCGAUCUGGAACGAAAACAAAUCAACGCAACGCUCGUGCUGCCGAAGCUGCAAGUUAAUUCAAAGUAUGAUCUACGGAUGAGCAUCCUUGUGCUUCAGAUUGCUGGUAAAGGAGAUCUGCAGGUCAAUCUGACUGACACUCGCGUAAGCCUGAAGCUGACGUUCUACACCGAGACGGUCGAUGGUGAGGAGUACUUCCGCUUCCGGCCAAUCACGCUGCGUGUCAAGUUCGGCAAGGCGCGGUUCUAUCUGCAGAAUCUGUUCAACGGUGAUCCAACGCUCGAGGCGAUCGGCAAUCAGGCCAUCAACGAGAACCCGGACGUGCUGCUGGAUGAGGUGAAGGGUGGCAUCGAGGAGAAUCUGGCCACGCUGUUCACGAAAAUCGCCUCCGAGGUCGUGAAGGAUGCGCUGUUCGAGGAAGUGUUUCCCUGGAGUUAAUGGCGCCGUUCGUCGGUCGGAAGGUGGCCCAGUGCGCCUAUCAUCAAAUGAUAAAAAAAACAACGGUUACCUGCUUGGAAUGUGAUUUAAACAUGUAUACACCCACACAGACACAUUUACCUUCUAUCAGCCUCUCUCUCUCUCCCUUUCCCACCGUAUUGGCGUCGUAUUUUGUGUUGAUUUUAUCCGGAGAAUGAAAGAAGCGAAUGUGAAAGCAAUGCAAUAAAUUAGCACCCUUUAUGGAAUUUACUAAACGGGUUUUGUUUAGC